CGUAGUGGUGGGACACACUUUCUGUGCGUGAAAAUCCACUCAUCCAAAUGACUUUGUGUGGAAGUUAAAGAGUGUAAAACUUGACUUAAGCAGAGUACAGUGUGCUGGCGCGGAUGAGAUCGUGGUUGUGUAUGCGCACGGAGAAGGAGCGAGGGAGUAAAUGCAUGGAUCAAUACAAUUCAUCACCUCCUCCCCCAUUCAUCACCUCCUUUUUCCCCGACUCUCUGGACACUCUUCAGUUUGCCUACAGGUCAAAUAGGUCAACUGCAGAUGCCAUCUCCCUCACCAUCCACACUGCCCUCUCCCACCUGGACCAGAGGGACACAUAUGUGAGAAUGCUGUUCAUCGACUACAGUUCAGCAUUCAACACCAUUGUGCCCCCGUGAGUGGAUUCUGAACUUCCUGACGGGCAGACCACAGGCGGUGCGGAUCGGCAGCACCACAUCCUCCACCCUGACUCUCAACACCGGUGCCCCCCAGGGCUGCAUGCUCAGUCCUCUCCUGUACUCCCUGUUCAUGCAUGACUGCGUGGCCACCCACAGCUCCAACACCAUCGUCAAGUUUGCUGAUGACACCACUGUCAUAGGCCUGAUCACCGGCGACGAUGAGAAGGCCUACAGAGAGGAGGUCAGAGCCCUGACAUCUUGGUGCCAGUACAGGAAGAGACAAGGAGUGGAACACGCCCCCCUCUCCAUCAACGAGACCACGGUGGAGCGAGUCAGCAGCUUCAAGUUCCUCGGGGUCCACAUCAGUGAUGACCUGACCUGGACCCAUCACACAGACUCCAUCAGGAAGUCGGCCAGGCAGCAGCUCUUCGUCCUACGCAGGCUGCGGAAGCUCCACAUGGACUCCAGGAUUCUCUGCAACUUCUACAGGUGCACCAUAGAGAGUAUCCUGACUGGCUGCAUCACCGCCUGGUAUGGCAGCUGCACCGCCCUGAACCGUAAGGCUUUACAGAGGGUGGUGAAGUCCGCCCAGCACAUCACCAGGACGGCGCUACCAUCCAUGGAGGACCUCUACACCCAGCGGUGCAGGAAGAAGAGCAGCCGGAUUAUUAAAGACCCCUUUCAUCCUAGCCAUAACAUUUUUUGCCUGCUGCCGUCUGGCAGACGGUACCGCAGCAUCAGGGCCCGCACCACCAGGCUCAGAGAGGCCAUAAGACUUUUAAACUCCUCUGAACUUCAAUAACUCCACC